AAUCCGCCACCAUACUUGAUAGCCAAGCCACUGGAAAACAAUAUUCUGGAGUGGUAUUGCAUUACGUUCUUCGUGGACCCCCAGACACACCUUAUCAUAAUGGAGAAUAUCACGGUGAGGCGUUGUGAAGAUAAUGGUCUUGUUGUGUUAUUGUCAACGUUGUAUAAAAAUUUGGGGUCAAUUAAUAUCAAACAGACGAGCAAUGAAGCUACCACGGGGAGUAUCAAGACAACAGACUCUGAUAAAAGGAUAUAUGCCGCACGGUCGCAUCAAUUCAACCUGAACGAUCCAAAGUUUAAAGAAAUUUUCACGGAGCUUUGUACUCCCGAAGCGGUACCCGUCGAAAUCCUUUAUCCCAUCAACAAGUCAUCGUCCAGUAGUAGUACUCCCGUGGCGGCCUCCACCGGAGACAAACAGUUGGUUCGUCCCGAUCCUCAGGCACCGCAACAGAAUGAUCACGGCGCGGUCAACCAGCAACUGGCCGCGAGAAACGCUCUUUUGCAACGUAGACCCCAAAAUCGAGUUGAUAACCACGUGAUGCGCGGCAUCACAGCCGGGGUAAUUGCCGCACACGCGGAACAUGUUAACAACAACACAUACACAUCGAUGCGAUCUCCUUGUAGUGCGGCGGCGUUCGCAGUGGGAAUUCCGUCGGCCAUCGUUAGUAAUUUCACGUUUGACGCAGUGUACAAUGGUCUGUGCGAAGGCGACGAUUUGGACACGACCAUAAAACAGCUUGUUGAACAGGUUGUAGAAGACUACAAGAAAUCCGAGUUAUUGAUCCGCUUGCCCGGUUACAUUCCAAUGCCAUCUUAUACUGGGACGCAGCUUUACCCCGAUUCAGGUGUUUCAACGAAGCCCCUAAAAUUGCUAAAUGCAUGCGCCACAACGGUUGGAGUAAAUCAUUUGAAUGGUUUCGAUUUUUCAUUGAUGAAACAUCAUCGCAAUGUGGUUGAUGUUCCUCUUGUCGUUCGAAAAUCAAUUACACCAAGAGAUGUCUUCCUUUCAAAUCUUGGUAUUCUGAAAGAAAUAUAUGAAACUCAUAAAGCGCUGAUGGUCUCCUUUGGAGGACAGAAUUUAGUGGGCAUAGAAGAAUGGGGGAAUCCAUUACCUGAUGGUUGGAUAGCGAUAGUGUGCGGAGAUCCGGGGACGACAUUACCCGAAAGAUUUUACGUGUGUCCCAGAGAAGCGUACAUUCCAGACCUAACUAAUGCGGUAGACGCGGUGAUGGGAAAAUUGGGAUAUGGUACUUGCUCGGAAUGCAUCGGUCACGGAAAGCCUUUCAUCUAUGUUCCACGGCCGCAAUUUAUCGAGGAACUCGGGUUGAAGCGUCUCAUGGAGAUACAAGGUUCAUGCGUUGAAAUGUCCAAAGAACAUUUUGAAACAGGACAGUGGAAGAAAUAUAUAUUACAAGCGUCCCGCAUGUCGGGCGUUUGCGAAGACGUUGGCAAAAGGUUAACGCAUGAUGGCGGCAAGGUGGCCGCAAAGUUACUAGAAAAAUUUUUGGAUGCACGUACUGUGACUAUCAAGAAAACCAGGAACGCCACUAAUUUGGUAUUUAACAGUGGCGCGGUGGCGCAACUUUCAUAA